GCCUGGAUACGUUCUAGAUCGACAUCACCCUCUCUUCCGGUUAAUUCGCUGGUGCGCAGAAGUUGCUAGUCACAGGAGCCACAAUGGCGAUUGUAGUCUCCUUCAGAUAGUGCUGUGGAUGAUACUAAAUCCACCAGCAUCGCCCUAAAUAUAGGCCUGGUUGAUUUCCAGAGCCAUUAAUAAUAAACAGGAACAUCUAUUAAACACGAAAAUACUAUGAUUUCUGAUCAAUAUUGAGUCUAUAGGGGAUAAAACUUUUAUUAAAGGGAACAUGUAAACAGCACCAACCGGGUCAAGUUUUCAUUUUGUUGGAGAAACGGGCGUCUUUUACUCAAGGCGUUUGCUUGUUUCUGAAAGCUAAGACCGUUACUCUGUGGAAUAAAAGUACGUUUUCUUAACUUGGCACCGGACAAGGACAGCUUUCACAAAGGGACUUUUUUUUUCUUUUUUAGGAGUCCGCUUGCUAGCUGUCGAGCACUAGCUAGCUGUGCUAGCUACGUUGAGACGGAGGCGACACCACAAUGCUCCUAUGUUUGGUUUGGACCUUCUUCGUUUACUGACUGAACUCAGAGUUAAAACGUUGCUGCUCAAGAAAACUACCCUGGAUUUUUUUUUCUUUGUUCCCCCCCCCUCUCUUCGUUUUGGCAAAACUUCUCCGGUGAGCGAAUGGAAUGAAUUAGCACAGAGGAGGACUGGACGUGAGCGGCCUUCAGUGUUUAUUUUGUGGCUCGUGUUUGCUCUGUUUUCUGCUUUGCGACACUCGUUUUCCCGUGGAUGAGGCUCUCGGAACACGGAAGCCGGCGUGAGGUAUGCCAGGGUCGGACCGACAACAUGGGACCAAGAGGAAGACGGAUUCGAGCGGCGGCGUGCCACACCAGACCCAAGGCCCAGCUUAUCCUAACUCCGAGGGAAACAUGACGAGCAGAGACAGUAAAGCGCUGUUAAAAUCUUCCGCGUCCACGCCGUCUUCCAAACGCAAGCGGCACAAACUAAACAAGCUCAACCGGGAGUCCACGGCGGUACCGGGACCCGCGGGUUUUGCCCCCGGUAGGACGGCGCCUCCUGGCGUCAACACGGUGAAGCCCCUGGUGGAGUACGACGACAUCAGCUCCGACUCGGACACUUUUUCCGACCCCCCGUCCUCCAGGCCCUCGGAGAGGGGAGGCGGGGAGCGACCGGAGCCCUCGCCCUCACCCGAACCCCAACCCGACGCGGACGACGUCAGCCGAAAGCCCGACAGAGAGAGCAAGGCUCAAAGACACUCUCGGAAAAAGCCCAAUAAAGCGAAGGACCCCGGGAACGGAGAGCAAGGGUACAAGAAAAAGGGCAGCAAAGACUGCGAGCAGGGCAGCUCCGGGAAAGCCAAGGAGAAGACCGCGCCGCCGGGCUCCGCGUCCAAGCGCCAGCCGCAAGCGGACGGCGACGCCAAGCGCGCGGAGUCGGCGCCGUCCGUGCAGACCGCGGCCAGCGUCGGCAGCACCACGUCCUCUACGUCGUCCUCGUCUCGCAGCAAGGAAAGCGGCCGCUCGGGGAAGUCUCACAAGGAGAGGCAACAGCGGCGAGAAGGCCGCGGAGAGGGGAACCGCGGCUCCUCCCACAGGAGCCGGGCGGACAGGGCGCACCGCAAGUCCUCCAAGAGCAACAAGUCCAGCCCGAAGGGCAAGUCGUCGAGCCGGGGGAGCCCUCGCAGAAAGGGCGCCGGUUCCGCUUUGCCGUCGAGCCCCAGAAGAGGCAGCGAGAGUCCGCUGGGCAGCGGCUAUGGACAGCAGGGGGACGACGGCUACUCCAGGCGGAGGCUGGCCCAGAAGAGCCCCAGCCCCUACGAGGAUUUGUCCCGCCGCAGCAGGCAGCGAUCGGACAGUCCGUACGGCGGCAGGCACAGGUCCUCCAGCUACGAGAGGGACAGCAGCCCCUAUUCGAGGAGGCGCUCCAUCAGCCCCUACGUUAGCCGCAGGUCCUCCAGCACAAGCCCCGUGUCUAGGCGCUCGGGACGUUCCAGAAGUCGCUCCCCGCUCCACUACUCUUCUCGCCGCUCCUCCUCUCGUUCACGCAGCAAGAGGCAUACUUCUUCAGCGCUAGGCGGAAGCUCCCACAGCGGUCACCCAGCUAGCCGCUCCUCUCCUUCCUCCCGUUUGCCCCUCAACUCCAGCCUGGGCGCCGAGCUCACCCGCAGGAAAAAAGAGCGCCUGGCCGCCGAGGCGGCUGCUCGCGGCAGCGCCAGCGGCACCGCCUCCCCUCUCCCAUCCGCCCAAAAGCCAGCAGGUGCCGCGUCGUCAUUGCGGUCCGCUAAAACUGAGCCGCCACAGACAGAAAAAGACUCCGCAGCGAAGGUGGAAACCCUUCUUCAAACAACUGCACAAACACCCUCUGAUACCCCCAAGAGUGAAGAUCAUGUUAUAGACCCCUUACCUUCCUCCCCUACCUAUUCGCCUGCUCCUCCUCCUCCUGAGCCCUCCCCUCCUGUGCCCCCAUGUCCCGUCACACAGGUGCCGCCACCCCCACCGCCUCCCUCUCAGCCAGAAACGGUGAAUCAGGCCGCCACGCAUAACGCGCCCCAGGCAAAAUCGCCAGGUUACAUCCCCACACGCAGCCCUGUUCGCCAGACACCACUCCACAAGACAUCAACUCUGCCCCCCCUGCCUUUACCACCUAUGCUACUGGGAAACACUCAGGACAGUCCAAAGAAAUCCACCCCUCCCCAGAGGACAUCGAGAAGGGAGAAAAUGGUCAGCAGCCGGCCUUCUAUCAUUGAUCUUCCUCUCCCGCCCACCUUACCUGGAGCCGACUCGUCGCCGCCUCAGUCGCCCGUCCGUCAGCCGCCUCCUGUACCCCAACAGCCGCUCAAGAAGAGACCAAAGAUUUGCUGCCCUCGAUACGGCGAGAGAAAACAUAACCUGAGUGACUGGGGCAAGCGCUGCGUCGACAAAUUUGAUAUAAUUGGGAUCAUAGGCGAAGGCACGUAUGGCCAGGUGUACAAGGCGAAGGACAAAGACACGGGAGAACUUGUUGCUUUGAAGAAGGUGCGUUUGGACAAUGAAAAGGAGGGUUUCCCCAUCACUGCCAUCAGAGAGAUCAAGAUCUUAAGGCAGCUCAAACAUCGCAGCGUCGUCAACAUGAAGGAAAUCGUUACCGACAAGCAGGAUGCACUUGACUUUAAAAAGGAUAAAGGUGCAUUUUACCUAGUAUUCGAGUACAUGGACCACGACCUGAUGGGCCUCCUUGAGUCGGGCCUGGUCCAGUUCUCCCACGAACACAUCCGCAGCUUCAUGCGUCAGCUCAUGGAAGGCCUGGAUUACUGCCAUAAGAACAACUUCCUGCACAGGGACAUCAAAUGCUCCAACAUACUGCUCAACAACAGAGGUCAGAUCAAGCUGGCAGACUUUGGUUUGGCUCGACUUUACAAUUCUGAGGAAAGUCGACCAUACACUAAUAAAGUAAUCACACUAUGGUACCGUCCCCCUGAGCUGCUGCUCGGGGAGGAGAGGUAUUCCCCAGCCAUUGACGUUUGGAGCUGCGGGUGUAUUCUUGGAGAGCUCUUCACUAAAAAACCCAUCUUCCAGGCGAACCAAGAACUUCUACAACUGGAACUCAUCAGCCGUCUGUGUGGGAGUCCUUGUCCUGCAGCUUGGCCCGAUGUCAUCAAACUUCCUCUCUUCAACACCAUGAAACCUAAGAAGCAGUACAGGCGGCGGCUGCGAGAGGAGUUCGCCUUUCUGCCGACUCCUGCCCUGGACCUGCUGGACCGAAUGUUGACCCUCGACCCUUCACGUCGCUGCACAUCGGAGCAAGCUCUUCUAAGCGACUUCCUUACCGACGUAGACCCCGGCAGGAUGUCGCCACCAGAUCUUCCUCAUCAUCAGGACUGUCACGAGCUGUGGAUUAAAAAGAAAAGACGUGCGCGUCAGAGUGGGUUGCCUGAGGAUGUGCCUGUGCCCAAAGUGCCCCGUAAAGAUGUGGCUGGGACCUCCAGCGGAGAAAACAGCCGACCCCAAAGCAGCCCGGCUGGAGCGCCUCCCCCUCCGCCGGGGAAGCCGCCCUCCACAGCCAAAUUAGAGAGUGAGCUGUCAGGUCUGGGAGCGGCUGCAGAGCAACUGAAUCAAACGGAGCUGGCCGUGCUGCUUAACCUCCUCCAGGGACAGACUGACCUCAAGCUGCCCCAAGUGGCCCAGCUCCUUAACCUCUCUGACUCAGACACUGUCAGCCAGUUGUUAUCAACGCUGAACGAGGCGUCCGACCACCAGGGGGCGGCAGAGGACCAGGCGCCGCCGCCUCCUGCGCCGCCCCAGCCUCCGGAGCCCCCUCCUGAACCCCAGGAGGCCUCGCCCACAUCUGGAGAACCGCCCCUCAGCCAGGAAGACCAGGCCAGCCUGCUGGCUCUCAUUCUGGGCCAAAUCAUGAAACCUCAAACCGAGGAGCAAAGCGAUGAAAGCAAUGGCGUUAAGUCAGAGGAGGCACUUGCGCGCGGUUCGUCCGCCUCUACUACUGAUUCCAAGGAUGGUGCUGUGUCAAAAAGGAAACCCGCUCUGGCCAACCAGUUGCCUCCAAGCGGUGACCAGCGGCCCCCCUCUCCGCCCGGCUCACCUCCAGCUGCUCCUCUCCUGGUGAACUCCCAGCGAGCUGAAUCAGAGACUCUAACCGGCAACCAGGGCAUCAGCCCCACCGUGGCUGCCGCCUUGCUCCAGCUCAUCUCUCAGCCGGACCUGGAGGCUGUGACCUCCAAGCCGAGCAAAGACCCCUCCCCGGCUGUGGACGCCGCAGGCCGCGAGGAGCUCCCCGUUAAACCGGCUUCUCCUGCCGAGGCCCCGCCGGCGCUGGAUGCCGCCGCCGCCUCGUCGCGGUUCCCGAAGGACCAGGACCUCCGCUUUUCCCACGGAGCGGCCCGCUGAUGACCCCGAAUCCACCGGUGACUCUUUAAUGUUGGGUGUCACGGGAACAGUUCCAGCAAAUCCUGGCCUUGAAGGGGGGGGGAAAGGCAGAUGGAGAACGCAGCCACAAGAAAGUGACUCACUGGACCAAGAGAGCAGGUAGUGAAAGUCAAAUCAAAAGAUUUUGAAAGUGAAUGUCUAAAUGAAAGAGAUUUAGUUUUUCUUCUCCAGGUUACGUAAUGAACACUUUGCCCAACGGAGCGAGCUGCUCUGUUGCUCUGGUGGGAGCGUUUCCGCACACGGGGGUCAGUCAGUCAGUCUGUCUGUCGUGAAGUAGUUCAGUUCGCAAAACACUCGCCGCCUCCAAAUCUUUGCCCUUUUCUCGACACUGAAGAGGCCGAACUCCUAAACUGAGUGCUAUGCAACUGAGACUUAAUUCUGAGUACCUGUAAGCUCACCCCCCCUCCUCUAAAUGAACGAUUGUCAGCUCCACAGCAGUGGCCCCUUUCAGUGCGUUUAUCGGUGUUGUGGAGAAAUGCGUUUUUUUUUUUUCAGUUUUCAGCCUGUUAUCGUGACGCCAGCGGCCUUCUCCUGAACGACCUCCGGGGCGUGGGAGAGUGUGGCUUCAGUCCUGCAGAGUGUUUUUGUUUCAUACCCAUAAAAAAAAAAAAUAAU